GUCAAAUGCUGACGUUACUCCAGCUCGUUUAGACGCGGUUCCUGUUGUUGUGUCGGGUCUUCUUGAGGAGUUUGCGAGUUUUUCUGAGGAAUGAGGUGAAAUGAGGCUCUGUCAUGGAAAAUUUUUAUUUAUCGCCGGGUUUUUGUGUAUGAUGAUGUUAACAUUCAGACACACGUCCAGACCAGAUAAUGUGCCAUCGCAGCUGCAUGAGGUCUACGAGCGGCUACUGCGAGCAGAGCAGCGCGGGGAGGUUUUAUCACAGGAGCUGCUGAAGGUGCUGGGUCAUCUACAAAACCGCAGCAUCGCUCAGUCUAAUCUCAGUUUCAGCAACUCCUCAGCUAUAUUAGAAGAGCGAGUUCUUCGUCUGCUCUUGCCUUCGCAGCCGAAUGCACUGGUGUAUUUACCUCACCUGAAAGAGCACAAGGACAGUCUGAAACCCAUCGUUCACCUGGGCAGACGACGCAAGGGAGUGUCUAUGGUGUUCGGCGUGCCCACAGUUCACAGGCAGAAACAGAGUUAUCUAGUGAACACACUCCAAUCUCUGCUUUUUGACCUUUCCACUGCACAGAAGAAAGAUAUUGUCAUUGUAGUCUUUGUUGCUGAGACUGAUCCAGCGUUUGUGAAUUCUGUUGUACAGAGUGUACAGGACAAUCUCCCAGAUGCCGUCAGUUCUGGAGUGAUUGAGGUGAUCUCUCCAUCUCCUCACUUUUACCCAGACUUCAAUAAUCUGAAGGAAACUUUUGGAGAUCCCAAGGAGCGAGUCAAAUGGAGGACCAAGCAGAAUCUUGACUACAGCUUCCUCAUGCUGUAUGCACAGUCUAAGGGCACCUAUUAUGUUCAGCUUGAGGAUGAUAUAGUAGCGAAACAAGGAUUCUUUGAGACCAUGAAAACAUAUACAGAUAAUGUGCUUACAGAAGAGUGGCUUUAUUUGGAGUUUUCCCAGCUGGGAUUCAUUGGCAAGCUUUUCCGCUCGUCAGAUCUGCCAAUAAUUGUGGAGUUCAUCCUGAUGUUCCACAGAGACAAGCCCAUCGACUGGCUGCUCGAUCACUUCCUGUGGGUUAAAAUGUGUAACCCAGAGAAAGACGCAAAACACUGCAGUAAUGAGAAGGCCCGACUGAAGAGAACCCACAAACCCUCCCUGUUUCAGCAUGUCGGUCUGCAUUCCUCUCUGCCCGGUAAAAUUCAAAACCUGAGGGAUAAAGAUUUUGGGAAGCAGGUGCUUUUUAAAGGCCACUCAAACCCAUCUGCAGUUCUCAGCACCACCCUGGAGCAAUAUCAGACUCACUCUCUGGAAAGAGCUUAUAACGGAGAGGACUUCUUCUGGGGUCUCACACCCAAACGCGGAGACUACAUCCUCAUCACUUUCACCAGACCUCAGGCCAUCAAAGAGUACUUUUUUCGAUCUGGCAAUAUUGAGACAAAUGGUGACCGGUUUUACAACACAACAGUGGAAGUGCUUCCUGUUCAUCUUUCUGUGAAGGAGAAGGUGUCCAGAGGAGAAAUGGCCUGCUGUAAACCCUCGUCCGAUGGCUUUGUCCAGAUCGGCUCUUUCAAGAACGGAGUGGCUGAAGGAGAAGUGGACGCAGCUCUGGGUAUAUCAGAGGCCAUGCGAAUCCUGGUUCACUCGGACUCUGACGUCUGGGUUCUUCUCAGUGAGAUCUUUAUUAAAGUUUGAUGAGCUCAGGAGAGAGGGGAAAUUUGAGCCGCAUGCUAACGUGUGAAAACUGCAGCUCUGGACAACAGCGCGCUCUGCUGGGCUGGAAAAUAACUACAACUGCGUGCCAUCUUCAAUUACAAGAGGAUUCCCUCCUCGGUUUGAGCGGGAAAACGAGUUUACUUGCUUAUUUGUGUAAUACUUUACAAUAAGUUUGCAUUAGUUAGUUAUGUUAGCUAAUGCAUUUACUAGCAUGUACAAUGAAUGAACAAUACAUUUAUUACAGUAUUUGUUCAUGUUUGUUAAUGAUUGUUCAUUGUUAACUCAUGGUGCAUUAACAAGCAUGGGAUAAUACAUUAGUAAAUGCUAAACUAUGAUUAAUAAAUGCUGUACUAGUAUUGUUCAUUAUUCGUUCAUGUUAGUUAAUACCUUAACUAACAUUAACUAAUGAAAGCUUACUGUAAAGUGCGACCCAUAUUUGUUUAAUGUGGUCCAUGAAGGUUGUUUAUUAAUUUUGUCUAAGUUAUUUACAUUUUUUUAAGUUUAUUAUUUUGUGUUGCAAAUACAACUUGAAGGAUCACGCAAGGGAUUUGACUAUAUUUUAUAAUAUAUUAUAUCUGACUGUUAAUAACAUCUGACUUGAAUGUCAAUAAAUGGCAGUGGUGUACGCUGUUACUAGUUGAUGGCUUUGUUUUUGUGCUCAUAUCAUGGUUUUUCUCGUUAUAUACUGUACUUCCAUAUACUGGAAGAUUAUUUCCACCACAGAAGAACAUGUUAGCAAAAAAAAAUCGCAAUAAAAUGCAGAAUUGUGAGAUAAAUGGCUCGUUUCCACUGACUGGUACAGUACGCUACGGUUCGGGUCUGCGUCUGUUUUGUGAGAAGUGCUUUACACUCAUAAAUACUUGUGUAUAAAUGUUUAUUACAAACUUUUCUAUGAACAUGAUUUGAUUAUAUCUGCAGAUCAAUGACAGCGUGAAAUUGCCUACUGUAACGUCUGUAAUUAUAUAAAAUAAAUAAAUAAAUGCAACAUAAAUGCAACAUA